GGUGAUGUCACAUCGACCAUUCUGUGGUGUCAGAGGUCGGUAUAUGAUAUUUGCAUGUGUAAAUAUGGCCACUCUGUGACCAUUCUGCCUUCCUUUGUCUGAUAUGUCACAGGGUGAGGACUUUGACUCCCUCGAUAGCUGAGGAUUCAGUAUCCUUACUGUGUAUGUAUGUGACUAUGGCCGUCUCUACCAGCCUUCCCGCCACGGCCUGUGUUCAGCUCCUGGGGAUAUUCAUACUUCUGCCAGUAAUUGUGGGUCACAGACUGUUCCAUUGGGACGAAAAACCAUGGGACCCAGAGGAAAACAUGACUGCAGGAGAACUAAUCACCAGUAAAGGCUACCCUUGUGAAGAGCAUUACGUGACGACCGAUGACGGCUUCAUUCUGAACCUACAGAGGAUUCCUCAUGGACGCCAUCAAGAUACGACAGGUCCCGUAAUCCUUCUGCAACAUGGACUUUUGGGCAGUUCAACGAACUUCCUGACAAAUCUGGCCAAUGAAAGUUUAGCUUACAUCCUUGCUGAUCACGGAUUGGAUGUCUGGUUGUCUAACAGUCGUGGGAACACCUAUUCUAGAAAUCAUACCCACCUCAAACCAUGGCAGAGGGAGUUCUGGGAAUGGACCUGGGACGAGAUGGCCCGCUAUGACUUGCCAGCUGUAUUGGAUCACAUCCUGAAGAUAACGGGACAGUCUCAGCUGUAUUACGUGGGUCAUUCCCAGGGGACGACCAUCGCCUUCGCGGAGAUGAGUCAGAAUCUACAGAUGCAGAAGAAGAUUAAAUUAUUCUUCGCUCUGGCGCCUGUGGGCAGGGUCGGUCACGUGAUCAGUCCGCUUCGAUUGCUGGCUCCCUUUGUCCAUAAGUUAGAGGUUUUACUGGGACUCUUUGGAGAUUAUGAAUUUCUACCAAACAAUAAAUUCUUCUUGGAACUGGCUAACGGAACGUGCCGGGAAGACCCAGUCAUCUGUCAGAGUGCACUCUUUCUGAUGGCCGGAUUUGACUUCAAAAAUACCAAUAUGUCAAGAGUUCCUGUUUACUUUGCUCAGAGUUUCUGUGGAACGUCUACAUUUAAUAUGCUCCAUUUUGCCCAGGAGAUUCACAGUGGAAAAUUCCAGAAAUUCGACUACGGGAAUCCUGCGGCGAACGUGAAGCAUUAUAACCAGCGCACCCCACCGGAGUAUUACCCGGGAAACGUUAGCCUCCCUGUGGCCAUAUUCUCCGCGGAUCGGGACUGGCUAGCCGACCCUAAGGAUGUUGAUUGGUUAACACAACUUUUACCAAACGUCGUUCUGAACAAACAACUGAAGGGCUGGAAUCACCUGGACUUUGUGACUGGCAUGAACGCCCCGAAACUCUGCUACACCGAUAUUCUACGGUUAAUUAAACAACACGAAGUUAUGAUCUGACAGCAGAAUAUAUACUUUCUACGUGUAUAUAUAUGUCAAAUAACAAAUAACAGGGCUCCUACGGAAAAAGGGCGUGCUUUGUAAAGACGGCUUGUCUCUAACUGGAGAGACACAAACUGAUGAUCUGACACCGAAAGAUACUCUCAAGGAACAGGCCUCCAAGAAUUGGACUGGAUAAAAAUGUUCUCAAAUUGCAGGGUUCGCCUUAAAAUAGCUGUUUCUUGUAUGCAUGUACGGGUCGCUUCAUAAUGUCAGAUUUUAUUUAACAUGUAUGAAGCGUGCUUAACCAUAUAUAAUAUAGGACAUGCAUAAUGUUUGUGAUCCAGAAGCUGCGUGUUUUAAAUAUAUCUGCAAUCAUUGUAACUGUGUUUAGGUGGAAAUCCACGUGCCUUUCUUUCCCCUGUGCCUAUGAUGUAUUACAGUCUAUCAACAUCGCUCUCAAUAUCCAGGUUUUCAAUUGGUUAAGUGUCCAAUAUACGAGUCAUGACUUUCAACACGACUUGCACAGUAUAAGAUAUAUUGGUUGAUAUGCCGUUAUUUCAUGUUCAAACAAGUCGAUCGUAUCCUCGAAUGGCUUUCCAUUAAUUGUUAAGCUCUGCAGAUAUGUGAUGUAUGGUCACGUACAUUUUGUUGUCCAGUUAUGAUUGGAUGGUCUGUUGUAAGGAAACACUAAAGUUUAUAGCGAGGCUCUACCAGAUGCUAACCUCAGCAUGGUGUGUACAAUAUUUUAAUCUGUCUACAAUGGCUUCCCGUACUGACGAGACAGCAAGUCGUGGUUGUCCUGUAGAGAUUUACGGAACUCACGACAAAGGAUACUUGUUCAAAAGU